CAACAUGCUACAGCGUUGGCUUGCUGAUCCUACAAAGGGGAAGCUUUGUAUUUUUGCGCAUCACAUUUCUGUCCUAGAUGCCAUUCGUGAUCAUGCAAAUCUUAACAACGAGAAUGGCAGUCGCAGUAAGUACAUUCGCAUUGAUGGAAAGACUCCUGCGAAAUUUCGACAGGAACAGAUCACUAGCUUUCAAUCGGACCCAACGGUUCGUGUUGCACUUUUGGGUAUAACUGCGGCCGGGGUAGCAGUAACGCUAACUGCAUCGUCGACUGUCUGGUUUGCUGAACUAUUUUGGACGCCAGCUCUUAUGAUUCAAGCCGAGGAUAGAUGUCACCGAAUUGGACAGCAAGCACAGGUCAAAUGCUUAUACUUCGUGGCAAAAGGGACUCUUGAUGACGUUCUUUGGAAGCUGAUCGAGAAGAAGUUUCAAGAUCUUGGGGAAUUUGUGGAAGGAAAAGAGAAACUCAAGCUAGUCGUUGACAAAACCUAUACAACAUUAAAGGAGCUUCACUCUCUCUUCCAAUCACAACACGCCGAAAAUAACGAUUAUGUGGAAUUCGGGGACGAAGGAGUUGACCACGAGAUUGAAUUGGACACAGAUAUUCAUCGAGAUAUUGAGGCCUUCGGCGAAGAAGAAAGGCAAAUGUUGCGAAUGCUUGACGCUGAAGACGAUGACGGAGAUGUAAAAGGCCCUAAAGAUAACG